AUGCACUCCUGCUCUAAGGGAUUCUACGGCGAGUGCGGCUUCCGAGGUGGUCUGAUGCAAUUGGAAAAUUUUGACAAGGACUCCCUUGCGCUGAUCUACAAAGUCCGCUCUGUCGAACUUUGCGCCAACACCACUGGACAAAUUUGCAUGGCGCUCGUAGCCUGUCCUCCGAAACCAGGUACUCCGUCCUUCAAUCAAUAUCUGGAGGAACGAAAUGAGGCCCUACAGGCUCUGGCGUACAAAGCUCAGCUAAUGAGCACCUUCUUUAAUUCGCUUACCGGUGUCACAUGCCAGCCCAUCUACGGUGCUCUCUACGCCUUUCCCCGUCUCACACUGCCCCCCAGAUUCGUCCAGGAAGCUGCAGCACUCGGACGUCUGGCAGAUCUACAUUAUUGCCUCAUGCUCCUUAAUGCAACCGGAAUCGUUUGCUCACCUGGAAACGCCUUUGGACCUAAUGUACCCGCCGCCAACCUGGCCACAGCCACAGAAUGUACACCAGGGCCUUUAGAAAACGCCCCUCCUGCCAUCACUCCCGCUCCCAUCACUCCCGCUCCGGUCUCUGCCGCUCCGGUCUCUGCCACGUCCGUAGAGUCCGUGUCGGCUUUUCCCACCGUGCCUACCGUGCGUGGGGCAACUCUUACCGCGCCCAUAAAACCUGUACCGACCAACCUUCCUGUCUCACCAGUUGUUGUGACGGAAGACGCAAGAUACAUACCGGCCGCCGCCGCUAAAAAUCCCGGACUCUUGUCCAGUGCUACUGGUCUUGAACACACCACUAUUCCCAGCAAAGCAUCUCAAGACGAAAACUCCCGGCUCACCGUGCCGUCAGUGGCCGAACCUCCGAAGUCUGAAGCUCAUGAGGUCUACCACAUGCGCAUUACCAUUUUACCAACAGUCCCGGAGCUGUCAAAGGCACUCGACUCAUAUCGAGCCUUCCAUGAGCAGCUGAUGGCCGACUACUCGACGACGGUCCUAGAAAACCCAUCGGAUGUGGACACGAAUGUCGUCGCCUGA